GCUGAGAGAAGGGCUGUGUUCUGGGCACAGCCAGCCUCAGGUGAGGUCUUGAGGCAGGUGAGAGAGACGGAUGUUAGGGCCCAAAGUUUAGAGCAGCUGGAUCUGGGGUGGGUGGACUGCCAAGAGGUCAGUUGCUGAGGCAGAUAGGUGAGGGCUGGUUAAGCCAUUUUACAGAAUGUGGAUUUUAAUUUUAUUCAUUUAUUUUUAGAGACAGGGUCUCACUCUGUCACCCAGGCUGGAGUGCAGUGGUGAAUAGCUAGCUCAUUGCAGUCUCCAACUACUCAUCUCAAGCAAUCCUCCUGCCUCAGCCCCCCAAAUUGCUAGGAUCAUAGGUGUAUACCUCCAUGCCUGGUAAUGAUCAUUAUUAUUAUUUUAUUUUUUGGAGGGAUGGGAUCUCCCCAUGUUGCCCAGUCUCAAACUCCUGGGUUCAAGUCAUCCUCCUACCUCAGCCUCCCAAAGCGCUGGGAUUACAGGUGUGAGCCACUAUGCCCAGCCAGAGUGUGUGGAUUUCAUAACAUGGCCAGUGAGAGAAGCCUUUGAAGGGUUUCAGGAGUUAAGACUGGGAGGCUAGUGAGGAGGAAGGGAGGGAGGGAGAGAGAAAGAAAGAGAGAGAAAAGAGAGGCAAGAUGGUGGCCCAGGCUGGGACAGUGGCAGCAGAAAUGGAGGAAGGUGGCUGAACACCAAGAACUGUGGGGAGGAAGAAAAACAGAUCUGGUGACGCUGAUGAGCACUGGGGCUGCCCGUCCUGGAGGGUGCGUCAGGGCCCCGAGCAGGACGACGACAGGAGAGGGAUAAACGGAGCGUAGCUGGAGACCCCGGGGGCGUGGCCUCCCACCCCUUGUCUCAGGGAGGGCUGGACUGGGAGCCACGGCCCGCCGCCUCGGGAGCCCCCGACUGUGACUGCUUCAAGGGAGGGCGGGCGCCAGCCACGCGGACAUGAGGAGGAGGCUGCGCCUACGGCGGGACGCGUCGCUCACGCUGCUCCUUGGCACCGCCCUUGGCCUCCUACUCUACGCGCAGCGCGACAGCGGGGCCCCGACGACGAGCGCGCCGCAAGCGCGAGGGAGGGCGGCACCAAGGCCCACCUUGGGGCCCCGCACGUUCCAGGUACCGGACGCAGGCGCAGCACCCCCGGCCUACGAAGGGGACACGCUGGCGCCGCCCACACCCACAGGACCCUUUGACUUCGGCAGCUACUUGCGCGCCAAGGACCAGCGGCACUUUCCGCUGCUAAUUAACCAGCCGCACAAGUGCCGCGGCGAUGGCGGACCGGGCGGCCGGCCAGACCUGCUCAUCGCUGUCAAGUCAGUGGCAGCCGACUUCGAGCGGCGCCAAGCCGUGCGCCAGACGUGGGGCGCUGAGGGUCGCGUGCAGGGGGCGCUCGUGCGCCGUGUGUUCUUGCUUGGCGUGCCCAGGGGUGCGGGCACAGACGAGACAGACACAGACACAGUGGGGGUGGGCACUCGAACACACUGGCGCGACCUGCUGCAUGCUGAGAGCCGUGCAUACGCAGACAUCCUGCUCUGGGCCUUCGACGAUACUUUUUUCAACCUAACACUCAAGGAGAUCCACUUUCUGGCCUGGACCUCUGCCUUCUGCCCCGACGUGCGCUUCGUUUUCAAGGGCGACGCCGACGUGUUUGUGCACGUGGGGAACCUGCUGGAGUUCCUGGCACUGAGGGAUCCGGGGCAGGACUUGCUUGCUGGUGACGUGAUUGUGCAGGCGCGGCCAAUCCGUGCGCGGGCUAGCAAGUACUACAUCCCUGAGGGUGUGUAUGGCCUGCCAGCCUAUCCGGCCUACGCUGGAGGCGGUGGCUUUGUGCUUUCAGGAGCCACGCUGCGCCGCCUGGUUGGUGCCUGCGCGCAGGUUGAACUCUUCCCCAUCGAUGACGUCUUUCUGGGCAUGUGUCUGCAGCGCCUGCGACUCACGCCUGAGUCUCACCCUGCUUUCCGCACCUUUGGCAUCUCCCAACCUUCAGCUGCGCCGCAUCUGCGCACCUUUGACCCCUGCUUUUACCGCGAGCUGGUUGUAGUGCAUGGGCUCUCUGCCGCUGACAUCUGGCUUAUGUGGCGUCUGCUGCACGGGCCGCGUGGGCCAGCUUGUGCCCAUCCACAGCCUGUUGCUGCAGGCCCCUUCCAGUGGGACUCCUAGCUACUCAUCACAGCCCAAGCUCCUCUCACUCAGACUCAGGAUGGAGUGGGAAGGAACUUGAAGGGGUUCCCAGAUGGAUUAUUGCAGUGUAUGUGGUUCUUUUCCAGACCACCUGGUGUCUGCCUUCACAAGGUCCCAGGGAGUGGAGAUUGAGCUUGGUUCCUGUUGGCCCACUCUGCUGGGAGCCAGUCAGCAACAAGUGUAACGGUGACCUUUUGAAAUAGCCAGGACUGAGGUGGUGGAGGACCAUCUUUUGCCCAGUUGGCCCCAGGGUGGUGGACAUGUUUGGUCCUCCUAGUAGCAAACAGGUGUGUGUUUGGUUGGGUGGGUGGCAGGGGCUCAUGGAAUCCUACCACAUGUCUUGGUUUGGAACCCCUAAAAUGAUCCAGAUACAUGUAUGACUCCUCAAAGGGAGGCCCCCACAGAGAGGUAUGUAGGGGGUCCUGGCUGAAGCCUUUGUGGACCUGGCAGGCUUUCUGCCGCAGCUCAAUCUGAAAGUAGACAUUGUGCUUCCCACCUACCCCUCCAAAUUAGAUUCCCAGCCCUGCCCAGGUCUUUAGACCUUGCCCCUCUGAGGUCUGCUUUCCUGGAGCCAACCUCUCCUAGGCCCAGGAGGAUGGAACCACAAACAGGGACACCCUCACAACUAUGCCAAUCUCAUACCGGAGGCUGGACCAUCCUCUUCAGAGGAGCCAAGGAACGCCUUCCAUGAAGACCUCCCCCACUAUAAUUUCCUUAUCUUUUUCAACAAACCCCUUCCUCAAAAAAACCAACGCUUAUUUUAGUACAAAUAUCCCAGCAACAGCACAUUGGGGGGCCAUUGCUGAGAGCACAGGUGCUUUAUUGGAGAGGGGAUGUGGGCAAUAAGGACGGUUUCCCCAUUGCAGGAGGUUGGGAACAGUCCUGGCUGCCCCCGACAGUAGGAUGUGCAGGGGUCUCUGGCCAGGCCACAGUCCACAUGGGAAGACAUCAGACAGUCAGAAAGUCAUGGGAGCGCCACACAAGCCUGGGCUGUAGGCCCAGGAGCCAUAAAGGAGCCUGCGGCAGGUCCCCUGCACAUUCAUCAUUAAACUAUACAGGAUGAGGCUGUACAUGAGUUAAUUACAAAAGAGUCGUAUUUACAAAAGUCUGUACACACAUUUGAAAAACUCACAAAAUUGUCAUCUAUAUAUCACAAGUUGCUAGACCAAAAUAUUAAAAAUGGGAUAAAAUUA